AUGGCCGACGAGACUGUUGCAAAGAAAUUGAAGACCUCUCCCUUGAUCGGGACUCACAAUGGUCACUUCCACGCCGAUGAGGCUCUCGCCGUUUAUCUUCUGCGGCUGCUUCCUACUUACGCCUCCUCUCCUCUCGUUCGCACCAGAGACCCGGCCCAGUUGGCUACAUGCCAUACCGUUGUCGAUGUCGGCGGAGAGUAUGAUCCCGCCAGCAACCGCUAUGACCAUCAUCAGCGCACAUUCUCGACGACCUUCCCCAACCAUAACACCAAACUCUCCUCUGCCGGGCUAGUAUACAUGCACUUUGGCCGGGUGAUCAUUGCUCAACAUACUUCCCUGCCUCUGGAUCAUGAGGAUGUCACUCUGCUUUACGAAAAGCUCUACACAGAUUUCAUCGAAGCUGUUGACGCCAACGACAAUGGUGUCUCGGUCUACGACCCGGCUGCCCUAGCGUCGGCCAACGUCGAGAAGCGCUUCCGGGAUGGCGGCAUCACAAUCGCGUCGGUUGUCAACGACAUGAACAACCCCGACCCUACCUGCGCUGGCGAGCCUCAAGAUGAGGACAGCCUCUUCAACCGAGCAAGCACAUUCAUUGGACAUGUCUUCACUCGCAAGCUGCAUCGUGCUUGCACUUCUUGGCUCCCUGCCCGCGCAACUGUUGGCAAGGCCUAUAGUUCGCGCCGCGAAAUCCACCCCUCCGGUCGUAUCAUGGUUCUGCCCGAGGGCGGUGUUCCAUGGAAGGAGCAUCUGUACAACUUCGAGAAGGAGGCCUCCGCUACUAAGAACGGUAGCUCCGAAGAGCAGGUGUACUAUGUGCUUUACCCCGAGAGUGCCAGCGAAGACUCCAAGUGGCGCGUACAGUGUGUUUCAUUGAACGAAAGCAGCUUCGAGUCCCGUAAGCCAUUGCCUGAGAGCUGGCGCGGAGUUCGUGAUGCGGAUUUGGACGGCGUCCUUGCCGCAGAGGCUGAGAAGACCGGGAAGCCUAAGAUUCCCGAAGGUGCGGUCUUUGUCCACGCGAGCGGCUUUAUUGGUGGGCACAAGACUAAGGAGGGUGCAUUUGCCAUGGCCAACCAGUCAUUGGAGCAAUGA